AUCUAAUUCCUCAGACCUCACUUACUCACUCAUUCACUCACUCUCUUUUAUCAAAUUCUUAGCAUUAUUUCUUGUGAUACUAAUUCACCAAACCGUCUUAUUAGUUUCUUUGAUACAAACAAACAAACAAACAAAAAAAAAAAAUGCAUUACCAAACUGAGUCAUGGGGUUCUUAUAUGCCAACAAGGAGUAGCGUUGGCGAUCCACUAGAGCGCAUAGAAAGGCUGGCCUCAGAGAACGCGGUGGUCAUCUUCAGCAUGAGCACAUGUUGCAUGUGUCAUGCCAUAAAGAGACUCUUUUGUGGCAUGGGGGUGAACCCAACUGUGCACGAGUUGGAUGAGGACCCUAGAGGCAAAGACAUGGAAAAGGCUCUGAUGAGGCUCUUAGGAAGCUCCACUGCUGUACCUGUUGUGUUCAUUGGUGGCAAACUUGUUGGUGCAAUGGACAGUGUCAUGGCCUCUCACAUCAAUGGAACUUUGGUGCCUCUUCUCAAAGAAGCUGGGGCUCUCUGGCUCUGAAUGUUCUUUUCAAUAUUUCAAAGAAAGAGAGAGAAAGAAAAAUAUCACUUUUGAUUUACAUAGCAAUGAAGGCAGAGGAAGAGAAGUGGUGUUUGUCAUAUAAGUCUCCUUUAUUUUGGACACUAAGUAAUGACUAAUGUGUUAGUUUCUGCUCCUGCUUUGUUUUGGUUUUUAUUUUUAUUUUUAUAACUCUUUUUAAGAGUUUGGGUUUGUUGGUUUGCUUUGUGCUUUCACUAAUCCGGGUCGCAGAGAGAAAUGUAAUUUUGCUUCCUCCUCUGUAUAGAUAAAGAAAAAGAAGAAAAAAAAAUGGUUAACUUUUA